GCGAACUCUAAAACCCUAUAAUAUACCUCUCGCGCUCUCUCUCUCUCUCUCUCUAAACCCUAGGUUGUUUUUGUUCCUUCUCGAAAUCUAGGGCUUCAAAUUGUCAGUAAUGGAGACUUCGUCGUCGAAUUCUGCGCCCAAUUUCUCGCCGGAGUCGACGAAAUUGUUCGUUGGAGGGAUUAACGAGCGCUUUAAGGAGGAGGAGAUUAGAGAUUACUUCACCGAGUUUGGGGAAGUGAAGGAGGUUGUUGUGGUCAAGGAUAGGGUCACUGGUAACGUUAGAGGGUUUGGAUUCGUUGAGUUUUUGGACCCGGAUUCGGCCGAAAAGGCUCUCAAGGUGAAGGAGCAUGCUAUUGGCGAACUCAAGAUAGAUGUGAAAAGAGCGAGACCAAGAACUGAACAACGCCAGAAUUACCCAUCCCCGCGAUGCCAAUACUCAAUGCAUAGUGACCAUGAAAAUAGUGGGCUAAGCAGCAAUACUUCUAACAAUUACUAUAACAACGGAAAUCCUACCAAGUUAAAGAAGAUUUUUGUAGGCGGUCUCUCUUCUAACAUUACAAAAGAUGAGUUCAAGAGCUACUUUGAGAAGUUUGGCAAGAUAGUUGAUGUUGUUAUUAUGUAUGAUAGUUCUACGCAACGGCCAAGAGGUUUUGGUUUUAUUACGUUUGAUUCAGUGGAGGCUGUAGACUGUGUUCUGGAGAAGAAGUUUCAUGUAUUGAACAAUAAGAAUGUAGAGGUAAAAAUUGCAGUGCCCAAGGGCAGCAAUAACCAAACUAAUUUUAGUGACUCUAAUGGCAACUUGGAUAAUGGAAGAGGGUCUGCCCUUAAUAAUCACCAAAGGGAUUAUUAUCCAUCGUACAGCCUUAGAUAUGGGUUUUAUCCGGGUUAUGCAACACCACCUGUUCCAGGUUUUUUUUAUGGAGCAGCUGGAAAUGGUGGUGGAUAUGGACCUUAUGGUGGAAUAAGUUAUGGCACUCCAUAUGGGAGAAUUCCUUGGAGUGGUCAGGGAACGAUGAGUGCGAGGAAUGGUCAGGAAAUGGUGAGUGCAAGGAGUCCAGUUCCUUAUGGCUACACUGUUUUCAAUGUAGGUUUUGGUGGAUAUAGUGGCAUGCCUUCUGUUGGAUAUCAUGGCUAUGUAUGGUCUGGUGAUGAUAAGUCGAACCCAACUGAUAACGAUGUUAGGAUAACCAAUCAUAGUAAUGGAACAGAGGAUGUUGGAAGUGAAAAGUUGGAAAGUCCACAAGUCUCCUGAUUGGAAUCUAUCUGUAACUGCCAACUGGAUGCGAGCCUCUUACUCUCACCUUUUGUAGCUGACAAGCUCCGACGACUGAUCAACAAAAACCUUAUUGAUAAUUUCAGGAUUUGGCAUCUCGCUUUUUUAUUUUCAAAACUUGAUUAUUCUUAAUGAACCUUUUAUCUACCUACAAGUAUUAUGAACCAUUUGUUUUAUUUUUAUUUUUUAAAAAAAAUUAAUUUGCUUGACUUGGCAAUUCGAUUAUUUGGGUGGAUGAUCUUGCACUUUGGGCAAGUUGGUAAGGUAAGCUUGUACUUGUUUAAAGUUAAAUAUCUACUGUGAUUUUUUUAUUUCAUGUAAAAAUCACAAAUUGUGCUGGCUUACAUAGGCUGUGAUCUGGCCAAUAAUGUCUUUUGAGGAAACUGUUGGUGUCUGAAAUAACAGAAUUUUGUGUUA